UCAGUCGGUCAGUUGAGAGUCAGUCGCGCGCUUGGUUGGAGCGGCGCUCUGUGGUAAAUUAUUGUCUUCGCGAAUUGAAUAUCGCCGUCGCAACGAGAAUUGACAACAUGCAGCUACGGCACAGUUUUCAUGAACUGUCCUCGAUCAACGAAGCCUGAUUGAAGCUCUGCAGUCUUCGAGAUGAGCGAGUCCGUCAAAGUAGCAUUAAGAUGCAGGCCGAUGUCCGUCCGGGAGCAGCAAGAAGGAUGUCGGAAUGUGUUGACGGUAGACUCGCAGGCUAAGACAUGUACCCUGGAAAAUCCGAUGUGCGGUGGAGGCGGGGCCGGAGGCGGAGGAAAGAUGUUCCAGUUUGACGCGGUCUUCGAUCAGACCGUGUCAACGGAGGUCGUCUACGAGCAGGUUGGCUCGCCCGUGGUGGAGGCCGUCCUGGAGGGUUACAACGCGACGGUUUUCGCCUACGGGCAAACCGGAUGUGGAAAGUCAUUCACAAUGCGAGGGGUGGUCGAGCGGAGUUUAGAGCACCUUUUCGAGGCGACAUCGACGUCAUCGUCGGAGACACGUUACCUCGCGCUUCUGAGCUACCUAGAAAUCUACAACGAAAGACUGAGAGACUUGCUGGGAGACGGCGACAACGACGGUGCCUCAAACCUGCUCCAGCUCAAGGAGGACCCUUCCCGCGGCACAUACGUCGCUGGUGGCCUCAGGGAAGUCACCGUCAAGGACGCUGCGGAAUGUAGCCGCCUCCUGGUGCAAGGGGAUCAGAAAAGAGCCGCGGCCGCGACGCGGAUGAACGCGGCCAGCUCCAGGAGCCACGCGGUCCUGACGCUUGCCUUGGAGGCGAUCGCGAUAAAUGACAAACAGAACAGCGCAGUCCGCAAGGGGAUGCUGCAUCUGGUGGAUCUCGCCGGCUCCGAGAGGCAGGGGAGGACCGGAGCUACGGGGGAGAGGCUCAAGGAGGCGGCGAGUAUCAACCUGAGCCUCUCGGCCCUGGGGAACGUGAUCAGCGCACUGGCGGCGGGGAACGGCAGACACGUACCCUACAGGGACAGCAAGCUGACGAGACUUCUCCGUGACAGUCUAGGCGGAAACGCCAGGACGCUGAUGAUCGCCUGCGUCAGCCCGAGCGACAUAGACGCCGACGAAACGUUGAGCACGUUGAGGUACGCGGCCAGGGCUCGGUGCAUAAAGAACAAACCGGUCGUCAACGAGGACCCCAAGGACGCUUUGCUCAGGCAGUAUCAGUUGGAACUACAGCGGCUCCGUAAGCUACUCGAGACCAGCGACAAUCCGGCGACGGAACUGUUGAUAGGUGAUGUCCAGGGAGAUAGGAAGGUUUCGAGUCUUACGGAUCGCCGGGAACAGAGCGAUUCCGAGGCGGAGGAUAAAGUGAUCCGGCAAGUUGCCUUCGAGGAGGAAGUACAAAGACUGAGGAAGGAGUGCGAGGAUUCGAAUCUAUCGGCUCAGCGUCUUCAGGAGGAACUUGAAAACCUGCGAACGCGAUAUGAGGGUUCUGGGGUAACGGAAGCAAAGGACGUUUGCGAGAGCGAAGGUGUUCUGGAGAGGAGAAAACGAAAGCGAGAAAUCGCGAAAAAGGAGGUCCUCAAGAGGCUGGAGAAAUUGACGAUCGGUGGCGAAGCUCGGGGCGACGAAGAAGCGCGCAAACGAAGAGAGAGGCGGAGAAAACGAUUGGAGGUAAUAGCAGGGGCUCUGGCCGGUACCAGCGAAGGGACCGAAGGUGCGGUCGAGGUUUAUGGUCAGCUCAAGUCAACGGAGGAGGCACUGAAGCGGGCGAUUCGUAGGACUCGACAGUUGGAAGCCGAAAAUGCGGACCUUCAAGCGUCUUGGGACGCGGAGAGACGUGAUCUGCUUCGGCGAGAACUCCUGGCCACCCAAUUGUGCGACGCGAUGAUUCCACACCUGAGACCAGGAUGCCCUUUUCGCGACAUCGAGGCUGUCAGAGCCGCGGCCUCCUGGUGCGAUGAAUUGUCGCGGUGGCGGCUACCGGAUGUUUCGCCCCGUAUUCCUCUCCCGCCGCCGACGCUAUCGCAAUCUAACCGUGAAGUCGAGGGUAAACCUAUGUCGGGGGUGCAGCCGGACCAUAACAACAACGACAAUAACAACAACACCGUAAACGAUAUUAAACCCCAGGAUAUUGCAGACGCAUAUUUUCGCAGAAGUAGAGUCGACGCGUUGCUCGCCCACGCUCGGGAAGCUAAGAGCCUUGGUGAACGGAACGUAAAGCAAAUUCAGGAAUACGUUGGUCGGCAAAGUAAAUCUGGCGGAGCUGGCGAAUCGGUUUCUGGAGCGAACAGCUACCUGCAAUUGAACGCCUUGAAUUUACAGAGCAGUGCUCCGCCGGUUUCCACCAUGGCCAGCACAGACUCCGCGAGCAAACCGGCCACCCGCCAAUUGUUCGGAAAUGCGACACUCUCCGGUAACUGGCUCAUCGAUGAUGUCAACCUGAAACCUGCAGACCCGAGUCCUUCCUCCACAAUGGAACUGAAAAAAAUUCCACCGCGUAUACUUGAGGCUCUUCCGUCCUACCCGUUGCGGAGGGUUAAGAUUUCCCCGACUCCUGUCGCCGUUUACUCACCAAGGCAGGAUUUGGAAUCGAAUAUUCGCCCCCAUCACGCACGCUCACCCACCUUUGAAGAAAUGAGUUUGGAUUACACGAAUCGUUGGGAGCCAGUGGAAAACACGGUGUAUGAGAGGUUAAUCGAUAAUUCGUUAUUACACACAUUGACAUUGGAUAAAAAAAUCCUUAAGCAAACAAAAAUCCUGAAUUCUAAGUUGAAAAAAAGACGAAACUUACGCGAGUACAAACAGUUUCUGUUCUUAAAGAGACAAUCCGUUAGAGAGUUCAGGGAUAACCAUGCUGAAACGGACGAUGAAUCAGACCUAGAUUAUGAAUCUUAUAAAAGAAUACAUGCAGAAAAAACGAAAUAUCAAUUACGCACCUUCCUCAAAACAUGCGUGCAAAAAACACCAUCACGCACGAAGAGAAAAUCGCCACAUCUCAUCCCGAAAACACGGAAUAAAUCUUCAUCUCUCUCAAAAACUUCCAGAUCACUUUCAGCAGCGAAAUCUCGAAUUUAUUCAGGAGAAAAUAUUUGUAAGUAUCUACUUCGAUCUCGACGAGAAGUACCAACAAUUGAACGCAAAGCAGAAUCACCGAGCCGAGAAAUAAUUUCUUCUUCGAGUAACAGCAAUAUCAAUCAAGACAGUACUCAAACAGAUGAUGAUGCAGUGAAGAAAAUUUAUGAUAUUAAAGCAACCAGUGUUCAAAUCAGAACCAUUGAUAGCAUCAGUUUGGAUUCUGAAUGCAAAUUGGCUGUAAUCAGUGACAGCGCAGCAGUAAAUUUUCUCGAGCAAAUAACUACACCGGAACUGCGAGAUGAUGCAGGUAAUGAGUUAGGAAUAUCUCUGGAAUCUGAUGAUAAUUCUCACGAGUCUGGUAAUCGCAAGCAGGACAAGUAUGAUGUUAAUACCACUAUUGAAGAUGAUGUAAAAACAUCAAGGACAAAUUCAAAAUUCCUAGACAAUUCGAAAAUGGGUAUUAAAGAGAAAGUCGAUAUCAAUCAUGAAAGUGAUAUUGAUAAGCCCACUGACAACCUGGACCGAGAUUCUGGUAAUAAUAGCUUUUCCGAAACGGAUGUGUUGGAUGAUCAGCGCAGCAUGAGUCCUGACAACAGCAUUCCUGAUAAUGGCGGUAAUAAUGGGACAAUUACCGAUAAACAGACUUCAAAUAAAACUCGACAGAAAAUUGUUACAAUCAAAUCCGAUGAGGCCACAAGUAAUGUCAUCUUAUGCGAAGACUUGAAUACUCCUCAGUUAGAAUCGCAAUAUGAAAUUUCUUCCAGAAAUGAAAAACUGUCUGAUAGCAACUUGGACAAUGAAACACGUCUAGAGCUCGGACGCAGCAAAAACCAACACGAGGAUUUAAAUGAUGAAUUUCAUGUCGAAAGCAUCGUGAAGAAUGGUAGGAGUAAGCUGAAAAUAUUAGCAAUUGACUAUUAUGAAAGAGGACAUAAAUCUUUUAAUGAGCGUCACUUGAGAAGAUUGAGUAAACUUCGGACCAUGAGUAACUGUGACUAUGAAACUUUGAAACAUUUGGACAAGUUUGUCGAAAGUGUAUUACCUUCAGAAGAUAAGCAACCAUUGAGAUAUAGCGAAGCAAAUGAGGGUUGUAGUUUUGCUUUGAACGAAUCAUGUUAUUUGAAUUCGUCGGCAGAUGCUGAAGCUUGCUCCAAUAUAUUGACGUCUACUCAAGAGAAUCUGAACGUAUUUGGAGAAAGUGAAUUACUACCAGCAGACGAAGAUCAAUCACAAAGUGACGCUUUCUCUGAGAAGUGUACAUCAUCGGACAUUCAGUCACAAAGCUUUAAUCAAUCAUUGAAUGGCAGCAUUUCGUCCUUUUCUAGCAGAACGUAUGAUGAAGAUGUAAAGAAUACUGUUAAAAAGCAAUUACUUACGGAGAUUGAAAAUAAAUUGAUAGAUAAUCAAUGUAAUGUUGAGAAUAAAUCAGUGUCAUCAGGGGAAGAAGUUCUUUCCACUUCAAGUCAAAGACGGAAGAACAUCUACAAAUCAACCAAUGAACCAUUAAACACUAAAAAUGUACAGUCUUCAAAAGCCAAUGGUUUCGUCAAAGAAUGUAAUACAUUGAAAGUUUUAUCACAGAAUACGGGAAAACAUUCAGACGUCGGAGUGUGCUUGCUUUCUUCUAAGCCUAAACGGGCCAAAAGGCGAAUUGUAAACAGUGAAACGGACAAUCAUCUCUCUGUAAAUUCACCUUGUGCAAGCAAACAACCUCAACAACAUACUAAUAAACAAUCCGAAAUUAUUUUGCAUGAGGACAAAACUCCAGGUGAAUCUUCGAACCGACUGCAACCAGACAAAAGUAAAAAAGUUGAACACUCACCGAAAAGAAGGCACAGGCCACGAAAUUUACAAGAAUUUGCUGUCACAGAAGCUGUGAAUCAGGAUCCAACAAAGGCUUAUUUCCGAUUGAAGGAUAUCAGCGACGAUGAUGAAAUUUGGAUACUGGAUGUUCCAAAAAUGAUCAAUCCAAAAGAUCUUGAGAAUCAGACGAUCAUACUUGGAGGGAUGAGUGUAUUGAGAUUUGGAGAUGACUGCUACAAAGUUUCAAGCAAACCCAGUAAGGGGGUUUGCAAUCUGUCCUGUGUGUUAACUACAAGCAAGCGAAAAAACGACUAUAAAAUACUUAAUAUCCGAUCUAAAGGCCGUAUGAAGUUUUGUCAGAAGAUCUCAGUUGUGUCUGAUUCAAAAUUAGUUCCUUCGGAACUGCCUUCUCCAAAGACAACUGUUCCGUUUCCGAAAAAUUUGAAGAUUAGACAUCCGUUAUUUGGUGCAACUUAUGAAGAUAAAACCUCAUGAGUACCAAAAACAAAAACUAUACAGAUUGAAUUUACAAAAUACAUUUUCAAUAUGUUGACCAAAGUUUUAUUUUCACCUGGAAUUUUUCCAAUUUGUUGAUACAUUAUUGUAUAAUAUAUGUAUAUAUACAUAUUUUUUUAGUGUAAUAAAUCUAAGAUCACAUUUUAGCUCACAAUCAGUGUUUUAGAAUUAAAAUAUUAUGAAAGCUUAUACAUAAAAGAAAGGUGAAUGUAGUGAUUUACAUUGACAUCGAGUGUUUAUUUAAAUCUAUUUGUUUAAACGGUUUGGUUGUAAUGCACUCGAAAAUUGGAUACAAAUAUUGGUAUUGUUUACAUUGAUACUCAGAACAUGUCGUGACUAAAAUUGUGUACUUCAUAUUUCAGAAAAUAACGGCUGAACCAUUUGAUUAUGAAAUUACAGAUUUUAUUGUCUCAC